AUGAUCACGACGACACGUCUACAGUCUCCAUUGGCAGUCAUUAGUCAGAACUGUACAGAGCUCGAUCUCCGUAACCUUAUUUUUCCUCCCUUUCCACCGACCUACACGCCGACUCCCAGACGUCAAGAAACGAUGCCUUCCCAAAAGACUUUCAGGACGAAGCGCAUCCUCGCGAAGGCCGCCCGCCAGAACCGGCCUAUUCCUCAGUGGUUCCGCUUAAAGUCGGAUACCAAAAUCCAGACUCUUGUUUCUCCCAAUAUGACACUACUAGCAACCAUAUUCAUACUUGUCUUCAUCACCGAGCUAAUCUCUUGGAUCGGCAAGUCGGUGCUACUGGAAUUCGUGUAUGCAUUAUAUUUGCGUAUAUUCUACUCGAGCGCGGUUGCGCGGCAGCGGAAGCUCAAGUCGGACAUCCUCCUGGGGAAGAAAGAGCUCCUGCAGACGAGUGCGCAAGACCAAUUCGCCAAGUGGGCGAAGCUACGGCGGAGCGUGGAUAAGGGGCUCGCGGAUCUUGAGAAACUAAGUGAGUCUUCGCCUAGUCAUUCUCGGUCUGUUGCACGGGCGCUUCUGGUUCAGGUUUGGCGGCUGCAGUCCACGUUUGGUACGACUCUGCAUGCCCCUGCUCCAGGAGAUUACGCCUCUACGGCUCAUCUCAUUUGA